AUGGUCGAAAUCAAUGACGUGGAAAUGAAAGAAGCGGAUCAAGCAACGACGUCAAACACGACAGCGACAUCCAAAGAUGCCAAUACAUUAACAUUAGAUGACAUUAAGGAACAAGUUCGAACAAUCGAGAAAGCUGUGAAUUCCAAGGAACCUCGAUAUAUCCUGCGCGUUUUACGAGCGCUUGCUUCAACACGAAAGCGUCUCAAUGAAGAGAUCGUUCGUCGUUUAAUAUCUUUCUACUAUGGAUCAAAUCCAAGUGAGAAAGAAAGUCUUCUCGGAUUCGCCCACUCUGCUGCUCAGCCAAUGGACGUUGACAUGGAAAAACCAAGUACGCCCGCAGCGACUGGCGAAAAGCAAACAACAUCUCGGCCGCAAACUUCACGAACACGUGCAGUCGCAAUACCAGAAGUUGAUUUAUACAUACAUUUAAUUGUCCUUCUCUAUCUAAUUGAUCGGAACGCGUUGAAGCCAGCCUUAGACUGUGCUAAGCGACUUGUGGACAAAACCAGCGUUCUCAAUCGUCGAACACUUGAUCUUCUCGCUGCUAAAUGUUACUUUUACUACGCACGCAUAUUCGAAUUGAACAAUAUGCUUGAUACUAUUCGACCAUUUUUACACAGUCGACUACGUACAGCAACAUUGCGCAAUGAUUUCGAAGGCACCGCCGUGUUAAUCAAUCUCUUGUUGCGAAAUUAUCUCCAUUACAAUUUGUACAGUCAAGCGCAAAAGCUUGUACUCAAAUCCGUUUUUCCUGAUCAUGCAUCGAAUAACGAAUGGGCAAGAUAUUUGUACUAUCUUGGUCGUAUACGUGCCAUGCAAUUGGAAUACACCAAAGCUCAUCAACACUUAUUAACAGCGACACGUAAAGCACCGCAACAGACAGCAAUUGGCUUUCGACAGGAUGCUCACAAAUUUCUGAUCACUGUCGAAUUACUUCUGGGAGAUAUUCCUGAUAAAGCCACGUUUCAAAAUCCUCAGUUAAAACGUUCAUUAGAUCCAUACUAUCAAUUAACGUUAGCUGUACGUGCUGGAGAUCUAGGUCGAUUCAAAGAAGUUCUCGAUGCAUUUUCCGAUCGUUUUCAACGAGAAAAAACUUGGUCACUUAUAAUUCGAUUGAGACACAAUGUCAUCAAAACCGGCAUUAAAAUGAUUAGUUUAUCGUACGCAAAGAUUUCAUUUAGCGACGUUGCACGAAAGUUACAACUUGAUUCGCCUGAAGAUGCGGAAUACAUCGUCGCUAAAGCAAUUCGUGAUGGCGUCAUCGAAGCAACAAUCAAUCACGAACAAGGUUAUGUUCAAUCGCGUGAAAUGGUCGAUGUUUACACGACACGUGAACCGAUGAAUGCGUUUCAUCAACGUAUCGAGUUCUGUCUUAAAGUUCAUAAUGAAGCCGUCAAAGCCAUGCGUUAUCCGCCCAAGAAAUACAAUGAAGAUUUAGAAACAGCUCAAGAACGCCGCGAACGUGAACAAGAAGAAUUAGAAUAUGCCAAAGAAAUGGCUGAUGAUGAGGAUGAUUUUUAA